AUGCACCAAUACAGCGAACGACAGCAGAUUCUCCGAGAUCUGUUCUGGAUGCUUGUCUUCCUCCACCAGCAAGAGACCAAAGAUCUCCUCGAUUCAACUAUCAACAUUCCUGUGCUCCCCUUGCUUGGAAGGAUCGCUGCGCCCGACAACCCCGGCCGUGCUAUGUUACUGGAUGCUUUUCGGUACUUACAUACACGAUUGCCUCCGAAAAUGCGUGACGAAUUCGAUCUAGCUCAGCUUUUUGAUAUGCGAGAUGAAGAUUUCAAGCAGGCGAUCCGUACGACCAAGUCCGGCUUUACCUGGCUGUUAAGCCAACAACAGCUUUUGACCCCAACUGCCAAUCCCUCACCAAUUGGCACUGACACUCGAACGACUUGGAUCAAACGGAAUUUGUGUGUGGGCCGCGGGACUGUGGUCAAGGCGAGUUGCUGGGUCACCCGGGCAAUUAAAGAUCUGUCGGAGAAAUACCUGAUCUGGCCAGACAAGGAUCGACAAAAGGAGGUAUCGGAUGUGAUGAAGGGUGAAGGCUUUGAGGGUUGUGUUGGCUUUGUCGACGGGACUACGAUACCCCUGUACCAGCGCCCCUCCAUUGACGGUGAAGUUUUCUUUGAUCGAAAAAAGCACUACUCGAUCAAUUGUCAGGUUAUAUGCGACUGUGACCGAUUCAUCACAGCCUACAUGACUGGCUGGCCGGGGACUUGCGGGGAUAGUAUGGUUUUUAAGAGGAUGAUGCUCCAAAAGGAGCCGGCUUUGUUCUUUGAUCGAGGAAAAUAUCUGAUCGCUGACUCGGCAUAUGAGUUGGGUGUACACUGUAUCCCUGCAUACAAGGCUCCUGCUGCCUACAUCAAGGAAAACACCGAGUUCAACUACUGUCUUGCGCGAUCACGUGUCCAAAAUGAGCACACAAUUGGGAUCCUCAAAGGUCGGUGGGCAUCACUUCAACAACUGCAACUAGCGAUUCAAAAGCCAUCGGACAUGAUGGAAUUGGAUGUCUCCGUUGGCGUCAACGAUCAUCCAGGAGCCCAAGGGGCGAGUGGGAAUGAAGAUACUGCUAAAGAACAUCGGGAUGUAGUUCAGGCCAAAUUUUUAGAGAUCAACUACGCCUCCGGUGUCUUGCCUAUUUAG